GCAGCAGAGGCACAUCUAAAAGUUGCACGACAGCGGCCCUUGAGGACUGGAGUUUGACACCCCUGCUAUAACCUCUGAACACACAACACAACCAGCAGACAUGGACUUCAGCGGCACGUGGAAAGUUUAUUCUGAGGAAAACCUGGAGGAAUUCCUCAAAGUCAUUGGGGCGCCAGAGAUGGUGGUGAAGAUGCGUAAAGAUGUGAAACCAGAGCUGGUGAUCGAGCAGAACGGCAGAGACUUCACCUGCACCAUGAAGACUCCGUUCUCCAGCCGCGUCAACUGCUUCACCGUCGGGAAGGAGUCGGAAAUCUGCACCCUGGAUGGCAGGAAGGUCAAGUGCACCGUCAGGGAAGAAGAUGGGAAGCUGAUCUGUGAGACAUCAAAGUUCACAUCUGUCCGAGAAAUCCAAGGGGAUGAAAUGAUCGAUACGAUCACCGCUGGAUCUGUAACUUUCAUCAGCAGAAGCAAAAGAGUCUGAUCAGCACAUAAACAACCUGAUUAAUCUCAUUUAAAGCCAUGGAUAUUUAUUUUGAUCAGGAAUUUUGCAAAAUAAAAGAUAUAAAA